AUGGCUCUGGUGAUCUUAUAUAAGUUUGUCUCUGAUAUUCAAAAGUUGGCCAAAUCGUGGGUCAACAAGCGUAUUAUUCAGUGUAAAAGCCAGAUGAAAAGGCUGAGAAAUAAAGUUGAUUCUGUCUCAGUGGCUGGUUAUGAAAAUGCGAAAAAAGGUCUUGCUGAAGUAUUGCAUAUUAGAAGGAAAUUUAUUGGAGACAAAGAUCGAAGCAACUGUUUGGUGGAGGACGAUGUGUUGGAUUGUAUUCCAUAUUCGGUUACUACAGAACAAAAUAUGAAUUUGUUGAGGCCAGUGGAGGGUCAAGAGGUGAAGGAGGCUUUAUUUCAGAUGCAUCCUGACAAGUCCCUUGGUCUGGAUGGAAUGACUCCAACAUUUUAUAAAAAAUGUUGGAAUAUUGUCGGUUAUUAUGUGGUAAAGACAGUUCCAGAAUUUUUUGCUCAGCGAGUAUUGCCUAAUAAUUUGAACGACAUGAAUUUGUUUUUUAUUCCUAAGAAGAAGAAUCUAGUUGCUAUGGGGGACUUACAACCUAUUGCACUCUGUAAUGUAUUGUAUAAGGUGAUUUCGAAGGUGCUUGCGAACAGGAUGAAGGGUUUAUUGUCCUCUGUGGUUUCAGAUUAUCAAAGCGCAUUUAUUCAGGGGAGACUUAUCAUUGAUAAUGUGAUGAUUUCUUCUGAGGUUCUUCAUCAUCUUAAGCAAAUGCAGUAG